GUAUACGCACACCAAAGCUGCCACUUUUUUUCCCCCUCACUCUUUUUUCCCCCCCAUCCUAGGAUCCAAUGAUAGCUGGACAAGUCAGUAAGCCCUCGCUGUCACUGCGGAGUGAAAUGAAUGCAGAGUUGAGAGGUGAGGACAAGGCAGCUACUUCAGACAACGAGCUGAAUGAGCCCUUGCUUGCGCCUGUGGAAUCAAAUGACAGCGAGGACACUCCCAGCAAGCUCUUCGAGGCCAGAGGAAACACAGUGCUGCCUGAUACAAGCCCAGGAGACCAGCACCAACCCAGUCAGUCCCAUCCUGCAUUCCCUGUUGGGCCUCAGCCACUACUGACAGCCCAACAGUUAGCCUCAGCAGUAGCAGGGGUGAUGCCAGGAGGCACUCCAGCCCUGAAUCAGCCAAUCCUUAUUCCUUUCAACAUGGCUGGGCAGCUGGGGGGCCAACAAGGACUCGUCCUAACUCUACCUACAGCAAAUCUCACCAACAUCCAAGGACUGGUAGCAGCAGCUGCAGCAGGAGGCAUCAUGACUUUGCCAUUGCAAAAUCUACAAGCUACCUCAUCCCUGAACUCCCAGCUUCAACAGCUUCAGCAUCUUCAGCAGCUCCAGCAUCAUCAACAGCAGCAGCAGCAGCAGCAGCAGCAAAGCCAGCAGCAGCAGCAGCAAGCUCAGCAGGCACAGACUCCACAGCCAACCCAGCAGACUCAGCAAUCACAGCCACAGCCAUCAGCACCACCACAGCAGACCCAAACACAGUCCCAGAGCCAGAGCCAACCACCUCCAGCCUCACAGUCCUCCAGCUCCCCUCAGAAACCCAGCCAGUCACCAGGGCAUGGCCUUCCAUCUCCUCUUACUUCACCAAAUCCACUGCAGCUGGUUAAUAAUCCACUAGCAAGUCAAGCAGCAGCAGCAGCUGCAGCAGCAGCCAUGGGCUCAAUAGCAAACUCCCAGGCCUUUGGAAACGCCCUCUCCAGUCUUCAGGGGGUCACAGGCCAGCUCGUCACUAAUGCACAAGGACAGAUUAUUGGAACAAUCCCACUGAUGCCUAAUCCAGUCCCGUCCAGCCAGGCGGCAGGUGGAGCUCAGGGACUUCAGGUGCAGCCGAUAACUCCACAGUUACUGACCAAUGCCCAGGGCCAGAUCAUCGCCACUGUCAUCGGCAACCAGAUACUCCCAGUGAUCAAUACCCAGGGAAUAACACUAUCGCCGCUCAAACCAGGCCAGCAGCUCCAUCAGCCCUCCCAGACGCAAGUGGGACAAGCAGCCUCACAAUCCAAUCUCCUGCAUUUGGCUCACAGUCAAGCAUCUAUGUCUCAAAGCCCAGUGCGUCAGGCUUCCUCUUCUUCCUCCUCAUCCUCCUCCUCUUCAGCUUUGAGUGUUGGCCAGUUAGUCAGCAAUCCUCAGACAGCCACUGGAGAGGUGGAUGGGGUAAAUCUGGAAGAAAUACGAGAAUUUGCCAAAGCUUUUAAAAUCCGGCGCCUGUCCCUUGGCCUGACACAGACUCAAGUUGGCCAAGCCCUAAGCGCCACCGAAGGCCCAGCCUAUAGCCAGUCUGCCAUCUGCAGACACACCAUCCUGAGAAGCCACUUUUUCCUACCACAGGAAGCCCAAGAGAACACUAUAGCUAGCAGUCUGACAGCCAAACUGAACCCUGGCCUUUUGUAUCCUGCCAGGUUUGAAAAGCUGGACAUCACCCCUAAAAGUGCCCAGAAGAUAAAGCCGGUGCUUGAGCGGUGGAUGGCUGAGGCUGAGGCCCGCCAUCGAGCAGGGAUGCAGAACCUUACCGAGUUUAUUGGGAGCGAACCAUCCAAAAAGCGCAAGAGGCGUACCUCAUUCACGCCACAAGCCCUUGAAAUCUUGAAUGCCCACUUUGAGAAGAACACGCAUCCCUCUGGGCAAGAAAUGACAGAGAUUGCAGAGAAACUGAACUAUGACCGGGAAGUAGUUAGAGUUUGGUUCUGCAAUAAGAGGCAAGCACUGAAGAACACAAUUAAACGUUUGAAACAGCACGAGCCCGCGACAGCAGUUCCUAUGGAGCCUUUAACAGACUCUCUGGAAGAAAACUCCUAAACGCAAAACAAAACAAAGCCAAAUCACACAGAAAAAAAAACCCCACACCAACCGAAACGUGUCCAUUUGAACUCUGUGAAAAUUCCUAUUCAUCACCCUUGUAAGUAAAAGACUGAGAAAACUACAAGAAGGACAGAACAGUUUAUAAAUGUCCAUGGGUUUUCCUAUUUUAAAAA